CUCGACGCUCUCUGAGUUGCUUACCCGGAAGCAAAGGGCUUCGUCGCCGUAGGCUUCGAUACUGAACCUGAGGUGGCGGCCAUGGGGGCAGCGGAGAAUCAGGGAUACCCAGCGACGUCCAUUGAGGACGAUUUCAACUAUGGCAGCAAUGUGGCUUCAGCCAGUGUGCACAUCCGCAUGGCUUUCUUGCGCAAAGUCUACAGCAUACUUUCAGUUCAAGUUUUUUUGACCACAGUAACUGCUGCUGUUUUUCUGUACAGCACCACAAUUCGGACAUUUGUACAUGAGAGCCCUAGUGUACUUCUGCUGUCCUUGCUUGGCUCUUUGGCUAUGAUUGUGGCAUUAGCUCUGUACAGACAUCAGCAUCCACUUAAUUUAUAUCUUCUCUUUGGAUUUACCCUUUUAGAAGCACUGACUAUUGGUAUCGCAGUGACUUUCUCUGAAGUAUAUGUUGUCCUACAAGCCUUUAUUCUUACUACUGCUGUGUUUCUGGCUCUCACUGUAUACACUUUACAGUCCAAAAAGGAUUUCAGCAAAGCUGGAGCUGGGCUGUUUGCUUGCUUAUGGAUUCUUCUCCUCUCAGGCUUCCUAAGGCUCUUCUUCUAUAGUGAAGUAGUGGAGCUGGUAUUUGCUGCUGCAGGAGCACUCCUGUUCUGUGGAUUUAUUAUUUAUGACACUCAUCUGCUAAUGCACAAACUGUCUCCUGAAGAAUACAUACUGGCUGCCAUCAACCUCUAUUUGGAUAUCAUCAAUCUGUUUCUGCACCUGCUGCGUUUGCUGGAAGCAUUUAAUAAAAAGUAGUUGGAAGUUGACCUUCAAAAUUGUGAGAUUUGGAUAUGGCAUCUAAAGAGUUAAUUUAAGAUGUAGAAAAUUUGCAGUGUUCUUAAGAGACUGAAGCUUGUUUUUACAUUCCAGGGCUAUUGAGUGUUUUCAGUACAAAGGGUGUGUUAGAGCUGAUAUUUAUGAUUCUAUUCUGAGAUCAGUUAAUUAUAUAUUGCAGUCAUCUUGGCUGUUUUGCAAAGGCUUCAUUGCAUCUGUUUGCAUAUUAUUCUUGACUGAAAGGCUUGUUCAUCAGCCACCAAUUGUUUCAAUAAGCAGUAUUAAAAUUCUAUUUUAUUUCUGCAAUAAUUGCCACAGAUGUGUCUUUUGAAAUCCACAAUUGUCUGGAUAACAUAAAACUGAAUCUCCUUAAUUUUGCUACUGCGUACUGUGAAUAUUUAAAUAAGACAAAAUUGUAUUGCUUUUUGGUCAUUUUAAAAACUUACACUAGUAGCGUUUUGAUUGAAUGUGUUCUUACUUCCUCUAAAAAUUUUAAAUAUAAUUCUAGUUAAAUAAAAUCAGCAUCUGUAUGCCCAACUACUGCCAUAUUUUGAAAGGAAUAACCUCACUGAAAUGUAUUGCAUUCCUUAGGUGACUUGGUUCUGGAGGUGGGUAACUAUCAAAUUUUAUUUGCCUGCAGUUUCUUCUGUUGUGAAGAACUACAGGUUGGUAACUUUUUGAGAAAUGCAAAAAAACCCUCCAAAACCGUAUCUUCAUGUUUCUGCUGAUCCUUAUGAGGUGCUGGAGAAAGCUGAACCCCAUCUCAAGGAUUUUUAAUUAGUUGUAAAUAAGUACAAAAUAUUUAUGUGCAGAGUAUUUGUAGGAUAGUAGUAGUAGUAUUGGUUUUGUAUAGUGUUGGCAGAACAGGAGAGGCACAUACAUUGAACCUACUCUUCUAUUAGAGUAUUGCUAAGAAUGGAUGAAAAUAAAUCUUAUGAUCAUUGUG